CAGACGGUGCCAGUGGGUAAACAGCUAAACGCAGCUAAACGCAGCUAGCAUCGUCCGUGUGUGUGUCAGCGAUUUGAGCCGCAGCAAACAGCCCGGAAAACCUCGGAGUGACCGACUUGGUGUCUGUCAUCUCUCUCAACCAUGAAGUUCCAGUACAAAGAGGAGCAUCCAUUCGAGAAAAGGCGGUCUGAGGGGGAGAAGAUCAGGAAGAAGUAUCCCGACAGGGUUCCAGUGAUUGUGGAGAAAGCUCCCAAAGCGAGAAUAGGAGAUCUGGACAAGAAGAAAUACCUUGUCCCCUCUGACUUGACAGUGGGCCAGUUUUACUUCCUCAUUCGGAAAAGAAUCCACUUGCGGGCUGAAGAUGCUCUCUUCUUCUUUGUAAACAACGUCAUUCCACCAACCUCAGCUACCAUGGGACUGUUGUACCAGGAGCAUCAUGAAGAGGACUUUUUCCUCUACAUUGCCUACAGUGAUGAGAGUGUGUAUGGGAACAGCCAAAGGGAAAUCUGAUCCCCUUAUAAACCUCUAUCCUCCUCCUGACACCUCCACCAUUCAUUCAUUUAAAUAGUAAAUCCAGCUCAGCAGCCUAGAGUUCCCAGAGUAAAUAUGUCAAAUGCACUUUCACUUAUCAUGCAUUACCUUUCUCCCAUUCAUUUAUAUCUUCAUUAUUCUGCAGUCUGAAUUGUAUUUGCCUCCACUUUCAAAAGUUACUCUGAUUAGGGUCAGUUUUCUAGUGUCAUGACUAAUCAUACUUUAAUUUUUUUUGUUAAACAAACAAACA